AAUCGCUUGACGGCAAUAUUGUAACAACAAAGCACACAUUCGCUCUCAUUCAGCUAAAAAAGAAACUAAAAACCUUAAACUAUAUUCGAUCGAUGGCAGAACCCCGUCCCGGCGGCUACAACUACAAGACAUUAUUAUGCAGAAACAUUCCGGAGCUAUUUUUGGACAAAUAUGUGGCGCGUUCGCACUUUGGACGUUUUGGAACCCUCGUAAACUUCGUCCUGCGUCCGCGGCGAAUGACCUGCACCGUAAGCUAUGCCAGCGAGGACGAGGCGGCGCGGGCGCUUCUCGAUGGCGCCAGCUUUCAGGGUCACCUGUUUGAUAUAUCCUAUGCUGAUAACGAGACGGCGCCGGCACAGAAAACGGAGGAGUGGGUGGAUCCUGACAUUCAGGCGGAGUUGAGUGCACUGCAGUCGGGCUGGCGCAAUGAGUAUGGGUCGGGCAAGCCGAUAAAAAAACCACAAAAUGGCAGCAGUGGUAGCGGUGGCAGUUCAAUGCUGCCUGCCAUACCAGUUGGGCCCGCAACGGCGCCGGUGAGCAGAGAUCGUACGCCUGCCCAGCUCAGGGAUCUUGAGAACAUGAUGCGCAGACCCGCCCAUACAAGCGAGGAGAAGUUCAGCGUGCUGGAUGCCCGCGAUAAGCUGCUCCGGUUGAACCGAACGCAACACAAGCUGUCCGGUGCCACCCAGGGUCACUGCGCCGAUAUGUGUCCGGAAAAGGAGCGCGUGCUGAGAGAAUUCCAGCGCCAGGUAGCCUACUAUGAACUACAACCGGGCUCCGAUGAGCUAAUCUGUCACGAAAGAGCCCUGAAGCAGUACUCGCGCAGCAGUGCCGACCAGGAGACGCCACUGCCGCAUGAACUGCGCAAUGAGACUGCCCUGCACAUGACCAUGAGCUAUCUAAUGCAUGAGAUCAUGGACAUUAGCGAGCGCCAGGAUCCGCAAAGCCAUAUGGGCGAUUGGUUCCACUUCGUUUGGGAUCGCACGAGGUCCAUCCGAAAGGAGAUCACCCAGCAGGAGCUAUGCUCUCUGGGCGCUGUGAAGCUGGUGGAGCAGUGCGCCCGGUUUCACAUUCAUUGCGCCGCCCGUCUGGUUGACGCCGAUCCCAGCGUCUUUGACAGCAAGAUCAACGCCGAGAAUCUAACCAAAUGCCUGCAGACUCUGAAGUACAUGUACCAUGACCUGCGGAUUAAGGGCGUUCCAUGUCCCAAAGAGGCGGAAUUCCGGGGCUACAUUGUGUUGCUCAAUCUGGCCGAUGCCAACUUUCUCUGGGACAUCGGUCAGCUGCCCGCGGAACUGCAGAGUUGUCCCGAAGUGCGUCAAGCCAUUCAGUUCUACUUGGCCCUGCAGGACACGAAUUUUGUGCGGUUCUUUCAGCUGCUGGCUGACAAGGAUACCAGCUACCUGAGUGCCUGCAUCCUAGUCAAUUACUUUACGCGACUGCGCGUGCUGGGGUUGCAUCGUCUGAUCCAGGCGUAUAGGUCUCCGCGGAAGGAUGAGGUGUCUUCGCUGCCUCUCAGCUACAUCGCCGAGCUGCUGAGCUUUGCCAGCGAACAGGAGGCGGCGGAUUUUGUCCAACACUAUGGCCUGCAGAUCAACGAGGCGGGCAGAGUUGUGCUAAGCAGAAUGCACACGGUGGAGACGGAGUACAAGCUGCCGCGACAGUAUGAGUUGGUGGAAGUGAAACGCGUGAAGAGCGUGGGCGAAGUCGUCAGUGGGGAACCUUUACCACCACGAGACCUCUACCUCAAUCACCGACCGCACAAUAGCUUCGACGAUUAUGGAAUGCUUAAGAGCAUUGCAUGGACGGCCAAGGAUCAGCUGGCUGGCAUGCAGCAAGAGGAGAUGCAGCCACAAAUGCCUUCGCAGCCACCAGCAGUCUCAAAACAUAGCGAUACUUUGUUUAAGGUGCCCAUGCAACCCGACGGAACGGCAGCAGGGUUUGGAGUAUUUGCUGCGGCUGCUGUUCCGCCAGCCUCCUCCAUCGAUGGAUUCAGUUUUGUUCUUCCCAAAUCACGUGCUCAGGAGUUCCAGGAACAAGCUCCGGCUACACAGCAGCGACGGGCACAAGAAGAGGCCAAGCAUCAGGCCCUCCAAGUAGCCAUUGCCGCUGCAAAGAAGCGGGAAGCUGAGCUAAUGGCUAUUCACGAGGCCAAAGUGGCCGAGGCUGAGCGAGUGCGUCAGCAGAAACUCAGGGAACGCCAGGAGCAGCAGCGUCGCCAGCAGCAGGAACUGGAGGAACAACGCCAGCGGGAGCAGGAGAAACUUCAGCUGGAAAAAGAGAGGCAACUGAAACUGGAACAGUUGUUUUUUGUGCAGCAGCAGGAAAGGGAGGCCCACAAACAGACCAGGACUUUGGAGUUGUAUCAGGAAAUAUUCCAGGACACCCUCGCGGAGAUUUGCCAAAGCGAGUUUAUGUCGCAUAGUCGGGCUUGCCGUUCCUACGAAUCCAUGCUGGACUCAAUAACACGCGAUCUCGUCGAGCGGCAGAUGGAGCAAUCCAUCUACGAACUAGGCGUCAUGAGGGUGUGCAUCAGACGAUGGCGGAAAUAUCGGCGAACGCAACAGGAGAAGGACACGCUAUUUAACCAACUGCCUUUAAGUUUUGGAGCCGAAAACCCCGAAGGAGUGGUGAACAAACGAAGCAUGGAAGAUUCACUGCGUCUAAGCAGACGCUAUCGACUUGGCGAGCCCUGCGAUUAUGGCAAACUUCUGGCUGGCCUGGAGGAGCAUAGUUGGCUGAAACUGGAUCUGUGGCACGUUUUGGACAAGUGUCUGCCGGUAGCGCAACCAGGAGCUAGACGCUUCUACAAGCUAUUGAUAAGCCUGUCCGGCGGCCAGGAGGGUCUCCAGUUGAACUGCGAUUUGGAUAGGGGACUACUGCAGCAGCCACAGUCGCCGGAUGCUCGUUUUGUGGAUGGAGGCUACAUCAGAGGCUUCUCUCAGGGUAUUGGCUUGAGUGUGAUGAAGAUCCGAGAUGAUGACCACGACUGGAAAGCCACCGACCUGGCCGAAGCCAAUGGUAUUAUUUGCUUAAUCGGGCUGGAUGACAUUCGUUUACUGCCGGAUCGCUUGAAACCAUUGCUGCAAGCAAGCCGCUGUCAUGAUGUGGCUGUAAUUGUUCAGCAUCCAGCUAAUACCGCCUUUGUUCAACCUGAUAUUCCUCUCCAGGAACUAUGUCUGCGCUCAUUUAACAUCUUUCGUUUGCGAAAAUCUGGAAACAACCGCCAGCGCUUAAUGAUUGCACUGGAAUCGGCUGUAAAGUUUUUGGCCAAAGCCACGGAAAGGAAACGUGUUGGACAUCUUCACCAAGUGGAGACCCGCGAGUAUUUGCUCGUUAAUCUGGGAUCGGAACUAUUUCGCCGCCUAAAAUACGCCGCUGAGCACGAUACGGCCAUUAGAAGCGACACUCAGCUGAAUCCACAGCGUUGUGUGGACCUUUUUAACGAGGCAGUGCACCGCCUGCAAUUGGUAGCCGGCGAGGAUUUAAGCGACUGGCCCCAGUUUCCCGAGGAGCUGCGUGUCUUUGUGCAGCCACUGCCCAUCGAAUCAUCACUAAACACCAAUCGCUUGGAGCACUUUGAACCCGGUUGGCACUUGCCCGAGCGACGUCAGCGUAUUGUCCAGCUUUUGGAGCGCUGUAAACUUCCAAAGAUGCCGGUACUGCCGAGGUCUUCAUCCCUGGCCGAAGCCCAAUGCCAGUGGGUGUUGGACUACGCGCAGAUAAGUCAGCAGGAAGACUGCGUGGAACAGAUCGCCCUCCAGGCCAUUAAAAUUCUGCAAUACGACACGGAUGACUACUUGAACUUUGUGGAAUAUCUCGCUGGCGAACGAAUGCAAUACAUACUGCGGCAAGAGAGGAAUCCGCCCCAAGGAAUUGUGUACAAUACGAAAACGCUGAAGAGACGCUUCCUGAGCGCAUGGUACUAUGAGUUUCGUGAGCCUCAGAUUUACGAGCCCGUUCCCGCCGAAGAGAAUGCCCAGAUGCUGGAGAAGCAGCCAUCAUCACAAGCGGAGGUGCAACAACUGGAUUUCGACGAGAUUACGAGCAAGGCUGAGGCUGUUCUGAAGAGGUUUCACCAGCGUCAGGAUGAGCGUCACACCCUGCGCGAGCUCAACAGGUCACAUAAGUCGAGGAAGAGGAGAGACGCAUCGGACCACAAACAUGCCAUGUCCAGCUUGGUAUCGGCGCUAAAGGCUGCCCGAAGUGAUUACCAGGGGAAGAGCAGUGCGGUUUGUAGGCUGGUGGCGCAGAUGGUGGAGGCCGAUCAGGUGAAGUACCAGUGGACGCCGAACCUAACGUCGCUGAUCGAUCGCAAGGAUGCGAGCACCCGUCACCAGUGGCGGCCACAUGUUAACCACAGCACCCGCCACGCCCGCAAACUGCCCGUCCAAAGCAUCAGCUUCCUAAGUCGCUGCCUGGCGAAGAAGGGUGAGCAUGCGGGAUUGACCAGCUGCGUCCUGUCGGUGAAGACGCGUUAUGCGCCCAAAACGCUGCAUGGACGCGAAUUGCUCAUUUGGCGUCAGUCCUCGAUGCGACCGCUGCUCCUGCCCUCGUCGAAUUUGUGGACCGGUGUGCUCAGCAAGCGUCACUAUGUACCUCGACUGCGUCCUGCCGAGGAGGACGAGGAGGUGGAACGCCGGGCAGUCCCCCAGCUGAGGAUUACCAAAGAGCAGAGCGAGGAAGAGGAGCAUCAGCUCCAGAGGCGAAAGGAUGGCAGUCGUCUACGCAACGAGUGCUCGGAGUUUUAUCUGCCGAUGGGAGAGCAGGACUACUCCGAGCGGGAGGAGGAGAAUAGGGGACAUCGACAGGCCUACGUACCCAGCGAACUGAUGACACCCGAACUGGCCACCAAGUGGCAAACCACCAGUGUCACCGACCGGGAUCGCCAACUGCUGAAUCUCGAGCAGCAGAUGAAGACGCAGCCAUCCGUUCGGAUGACGACACAAACCUGGUUCAGCGGGAAUCACAGAAGAUAUCGCAGCCGUCGUUCCGGCGCCAAGAGGUAUCACGUCGUUUCCGAGCUCGAAGGCUGGCGGAGAUCGUCCAAUCACCAGCCAGUGCCCGUCUUCCAGGGCCAACCCGGCGAGCAGGAGCACCUGCGUCACGCCAGUCACAAGGCCAGCGCCAGGAGCAUGCCGGAUGGCCAGGAGAGAUGCCAGAUGGUUUGGGAGCAAAAGAAGAGAUCACCGUGGCAUCGCACCGAGGUGACCAACAGCAAUAAGGUACGAAUGCCUAGGAUCAGGGCGGCCAAGUCGGCGGUUAUGAUGGCCCAGGAGGCGCGGAACAAGCACCAUAGGCUGAUCACCAAGAAGCUGGUCUACAGACCCAGGCGGACAGUGAACGCAGUGCAAGCAGAGGAGACGGAGGACCAGGAUACCCACCAUCGUCACCACGGAGGCGGCCAAAAGAUGUCCAAAAGAGCUCCAGAGCGGGCAUUGCUCAAACAGCAUCUGGCCGAUCUUCUGGCCGUGUCAAAGCCAGAGGACUCCUUUCGGAUUGGCUAUCAACCCAAUGCACCCACACGACAGCUCCUCGAGCAGGGAAAGUGCUAUGUAUCGCUGCGUCGCGAGCAGUUCAUCCACCUGCAUCCCGUCAGGCCAAAUUCCCUCAUCCUUGCGGUCAAUCUGGAGGUAAAGGAGUCGCCCCGCCAGCCGGUGACAACGCUGCAUCGUAGGGAUGGCGCCAAGCGACCGCGUCUUGUGGAGGAUGUGGUCAAGCCAUCGCUAAUCACUGUGAUCCGUCAGAGUGCCGCCACCUGGGACCACAAUGGACGGAAAGUGCCUGCCAAAAAGUCAAAUUUGGUGGGUAUGCCUUCCAAAGAGCACGCCUACCAGCGGCGCCUGGUGAGGAAUACCUCCACCCUGGAGGCCAUCGUCAAGGCCCAAGCCAAGCCCAGAUCCGAACCGAAGUCCCCAUCAUCGGCCACUGACUACCACAGAGUGGCGAGCCAGAAACUGCCUCAUGUGACCAGCAAAGCGGACAUUAGCAAGGCGGCCGAUCCCUUCAAGGAUCUCGACAAGCCACGCAUCAAAGAGAAGGAGGUGGCCUCAAGCUGGAAGCAGGCGUAUGUGGUCAGAAGCAAAAUGUACGACGCGAUCACCCCCUAUCGCAGGAGAGCAUAUCCCGGCAAGAAGUGCAUCACCAAGGACAAGACGGACGGUUACUUCCUGGCCAAGCGCAGCUCCGCCGCGGCGGCGGGAUCAUCCAAGAAGGUGAAGCCACCCAAGCAACCGGUGGUCAGUCCAAAGGUUCAGGUGCCCAGCGUGCUGCACAAGAAAAAGUCCCGGGAAAGUCUUGGCCCGCAGACCACAAAGACCGGAAAGCUCUGAAGAUAGAUGAUGACCCCUUAUAUCAUCCGUUUUUACCCAUAAAACCCAGACAAUCGAAGGCAAAUCCACAUUUGAAGCGGAAUUCCAAAUUGAGCAGUGAACACUACAAAUAUGCAACAUUAUAUAUACACACAUACACACCUGGUGGAUCGAUGCUCCUCCCCGGAGACUUUUUUUUGAAUUCGGAAAACUCUAAUCCCCUAAAAUCGUACCAUUUGAAAACGACCAGAAUCGAAAAUUCCAAAAAUCUUCAAAAAAGCUACGAAAACGAUAGCUUUCAUCCAUUUGGCAUUUUGAUGGUUCUUUAUAACUCUUUGUUUCUUUUUUUAUAUAUAUAUAUAUAUAGACACUGUUUUUCGAUAAUAGGAGACAUCAGUGUUACUAGAGUCGAAAAAUUUGUAGUUGUUACAUACGUAUUGCCCCAUUACAAAAAAAUUGUUAAUCCUAAAAAUCAAUACGCUGCAAAAUUAUGAACAGUGAUGACUCUAUGUAAAAAUUAUUGAAUAAAAACGGAAACAUGAAUGUCUCG